UCAGUGUAAUUUUUUUACUGGUAGAGCUAAUACAUGACGCUGUACCGGCUCGGCGUUUGCUGCGCUUGACAACACUUUUGACUCGUGUGAUUCUGCUAUUGAUUCACAAUGCUGCAGCCUUUUAUUCACGUUUUAAAUGCGCAAAGAAAUAUCCUGGCUAGCAGCUCUCCCCGCCGUAAACUUAUUCUUGAGAAUGUGGGUUUAAAAUUUGAAGUAAUUUCUUCUACGUUUGAAGAAAAUCUUGAUAAAACCAAGUAUCAACCUCAAGAUUAUGUUCUUGAAACUGCUAGAUGUAAAACAGAGGAGGUAGCCAAGAGGCUUGCCAGCACACAGCCUCUCCCCGAUCUAAUCAUUGGGGCUGACACAGUAGUUUCACAAGGAAGUGAAAUCUUUGAGAAGCCCAAAGACAAACAGGAUGCUGUGCGGAUUCUUUCUCAAUUGAGUGGUAAUGUGCACACUGUCUUUACUGGCGUUAUACUAUUUGUGCCUGCAAAGUCUGAAGUGUUGAAGUCAGGAGAACCAGCUCUGAAUGGCCAGUUCCGGUAUACUUCUUUUGUGGACAGUACAGAAGUUUUUAUGUCUCAGUUUGACAAGAAUGUCAUAGAGGCAUACAUCGAGACUGGGGAACCAUUAGAUAAAGCUGGAGCUUAUGGCAUUCAAGCCAUUGGAGGAACGCUGGUGGAAAAGAUCAAUGGGGACAACUUCAAUGUCAUGGGCUUCCCCUUGCCUCGAUUUAGUAGAGAGUUGUCUACUAUCUACAAAGAAGUCAUUGAAAGAUGACAGUGUUAAAUGUUUUUAAAUGUGUUCAUGUGGGCAACAACAGUGUGCAAGAGGUUAUAUUGAGAAUGUUAACAUUGUUAAAUUGUUGUUAAAAUGAGGAAAGUUCUGAUGCAUUAAGGGGUUUGUUGUUGUUGUUGUUUUUUGGGGGGAGGAGGGGGGGGGGUGUCUUUGCAUUCUUAACUCCCUUAUUCUGAAUCCCAUUGCGGGAGUACUCAUAUCUUAAAUCAGAUGAGUUAGCAUCUGUAAGAUUGACCUUACUGACAGAAGGGUUCUGCUUCACAACAUGUUUUUAUUACGAAAUCACAGGUCAGUGGGUCUUCCCACAGCCGUCAAGACGAGACAAUUGUAUGAAGUUAGUAAAAGAAAGAA